CGACGAAGACUUUUGAAUUUUCCAAAAGUCUCUUCACCGAACCCAAACCACUCCUUAUCUCUUCUCGUAAAUUCCCUGUAGUUCUUGAAUUCUCUUGAUCAUUUAUUGAUUCGGUAAAGAAGAUGUGGAGCCAUGGAAAAACUUCCGGAGAUAUUGAAUCAGGGACAACGUCGGAACAACCAUUACUAUAUCCGAUGAUGUCAGAAAGUCCUGAACUAAGAUGGGCAUUCAUUAGAAAAAUCUACACGAUCGUAUCUAUUCAAUUGUUGUUGACUGCUGCAGUUUCAUCUGUUGUUGUUUUUGUUCCUGCUGUUUCUCAUUACAUUCUUUAUACUCAUGCCGGUCUUUCACUUUAUAUUGCUAUUCUCAUCACUCCCCUCAUAAUUCUAUGUCUUUUAGCAUGCUUUCACCAGAAGCAUCCAGUGAAUUUUAUACUUCUCGGUAUAUUUACUGUUGCGGUUUCCAUGUCUGUUGGAUUGUCUUGUGCUCUCACCAGUGGGAAGAUUAUUCUGGAGGCUGCUGUACUUACAGCAGUAGUGGUUGUAAGCUUAACUAUGUACACAUUCUGGGCGUCUAAGAGAGGCUAUGAUUUCAAUUUUCUUGGACCUUUCCUGUUCGCCUCCCUCAUAGUGCUGAUUGUCUUUGCUAUAAUUCAGGUGUUCUUUUUUUUGUUCAUCUUCCAGAUUUUCUUUCCGUUAGGGAAGAUAGGCACGAUGAUUUACGAGGGUGUUGGUGCAAUUAUAUUUUGUGGUUAUAUCGUUUAUGAUACCGACAACCUGAUAAAGCGUUAUUCUUAUGAUGAGUACAUCUGGGCAUCUGUCAAUUUGUACCUGGAUAUAAUCAAUCUCUUCCUCCAUCUACUCAGACUGCUCAAGGCUGCUGAUAGUUAGAAGCUUACUUUCUUACAUUGUAUGAUUUAAGUUUGGUUCUUGCCAAUGUUGCGACGCUAUUAGCCUUUUAAUUGAUGGGGUUCUUUCUGUAAAUAAAAUCGAUGAAGUUUAUGUUCCA